AUGUUCCUCUUCUCCAUUGUCCCUUUCUUUUUGUUCUGGAUGCCGGUCUCGGCUCUACAAGUCACACCCAACUCUCCCUGUUCCCAGUUUUGCCUUGACCAGUCAGAUCCCAAUUCGUACGAAACCCGUGGCAACGAGAUCGUCUGCGAUGACGAUGACUUCAAGAGGAAGACAGCAGGCCAGAAGUUCCAAAGAUGUCUGGCUUGUUUGCAGGACAGUGCUUUCAAGCAGGGCGACGAAAGUGACCAAGAUUGGUUCUUGUACAAUAUGCGUUACUCUUUCGACUACUGUAUCUUUGGCUACCCAAAUGCAACCGGCAUCAGUUCCGGCCCCUGUGUCACAUCUGAAGCUUGUGGCCCCAUUGGGAAUGCUCUGAAGAAGGGCAUCACCGAACCCAACGAUAGAGGACAGUAUGAUUACUGUGACACUGAUGACAAAGCCAUGCUCGGUGACGCAGUUGAUAAAUGCCAGGCAUGUGUCAAGGCAGAUAGCUCGCAGACAAUCAUAUCGAAUUUCCUUGUUGCCCUCAAUGCUGGAUGCCAACAGCGUCCCAAACCAGGAACCCCUAUAGGACUCAAUGACACUGUUUUCAGCGAGGGGAGCAUCUCGAUUGUAGAUCCCUCUGCCUCUGUUGCACCAGGAGAUAACCAUGACCUUCCCAACACCUCAAUUGCUGCCAUCGCUGUUGGUGCCGCCGCUUUCCUUCUCAUUUCUGCAGGCUGUAUCUUCAUGCAACAUCGGAAACGCAAAAAGCAUUCUGUACGCAACAGACGCUCUUCUCUCUCGUUCCGUUGCCAGACACAUGUUACACCAAGGACUCCCGGCUUCCACGACCUCCCCCCUUAUAUGGAUGAAGAACGAAACCUGUCAAAGACUGCACUUUGGAACCCACGUAGUGCAGUGAGAAAUCUGAACGAUACCCACAAACUCGGCAUUGUCACUACCGCUAUCCCGCACCCGCCUCCGACAAAAGCUCCUCUACACACACCCUAUCGCGAGGAUGCGUCUCCAGCAGAGAGCGUAUCAAGCUGUACAAACGCUCCCCUGUUGUCAAACUCAGCUGGGCCACAAUGUAGUACACCGGGGAUCACAUCCCCGCUGUUUAGCCCCGGUUUCUCUAUCACAACGCCCCGUUCAGCUACAUUCCCACGUGAAUGCCACGAUAGCAACAAUCCCUGGGUGCAACAACCAAGUAAUGGUUCAGGCAAAGGCUUUCUGAGGAAAAAGCAGUCCAGAGAUUCACAGGCUCCCAGCGAAACACGGAAUAUUCGGAUCGUCUUUGAUCCACCACCCAAAAAGGCCAGACGACCGUGA